AUGUCGUCAUUCACUACUGCCAUGAUAUGUACUACGUGUUCUGGACUAGCAACUGCAAUUGGUGGUAUUGUCGUUUAUUUAUUUGGCGAGCCUGAUUAUAAAAAAUUAGGAAAAAUGUUAAGUUUUAGUGCGGAGAAAUUGAUUCCUGAACCUGACUUAUCUCGUUUUUUUCCAAAACCAAAAACUGAAACUGAUGAACAACAACAAAUAAGAAAAGAAAGAGAAGGUAUUCUUAUGCUAGGUAUUAAAACUGCUUUUAGUAUUUGUCUUCAUAAUUUCCCUGAAGGGAUUGCUGUUUAUAUGGCAUGUUUGCAUGGUGUUGAAUCUGGACUACCAUUAAUGUUAGUAAUUGCUGGACAUAAUAUUCCUGAAGGAUUGGCUGUUGCUGCUCCAGUCUAUUCUUCUACUGGAAGUAAAUGGGAGGCAUUUAAAUGGGCAUUAAUAUCUGGAGUGUGUGAACCGUUUGGAGCAUUAACUGUUGGAGCAUUAUUCUAUCCAUUUUUAACACCAUCAGCUAUAGAAAUAUGUCUUUGUGGAGUUAGUGGAAUAAUGGUAUUUAUGAGUAUUGUGGAAUUAAUUCCUUCUUCUUUAAAGUAUAUAUCACCUGAGUCUUCAGCACAAUACUUUUCAUUUGGUAUGGCGUUCAUGGCAUUUGGACUUUAUUUUAUGAGACUUUAUUCUCUCUAA